AUUGUACGUUUGCUAAAGUUUACCCAUCAGAAUCCAACCGUCUGCUAUCGUCAAGCGCAAUUUUGCGAAAUCUCAGAAAUAAUAUUAAACCGCAUUAAAAAUGCCGUGUGGCAAAAACUUUAGGCGGAGAAGGGACUCGUCGGACGUGGAGGAGGACGAGACAACUAAUGAAGUCAGAUCCAAGCUGUCAGAGGCCAAAGAGCUUCAGAGUUUGCGGAAACGACAGACCGGAGUCAGUGUGACCGCCCUGUUGGUCGGGGAGAAACAGCCACACGACGCUGAAGCUGAUAAUGACCCGUUCAAACUGAAGACUGGAGGAGUUGUAGACAUGAAGAAAAUCAAAGACAGGAAUAGGGACAUGGGCAGAGCAGAAGAGGAGACAGACCUGAACCUGGGCACCUCCUUUUCCGCUGAAACUAACAGAAGAGACGAGGAUGCGGACAUGAUGAAAUAUAUCGAGACGGAGCUGAAAAAGAAGAAGGGCUUGGUGGAAGCGGAGGAACAGAAAGUGAAGGUGAAGAACGCCGAGGACCACCUGUACGAGCUGCCUGAGAGCAUCCGAGUCAACUCUGCCAAGAAGACGGAGGAGAUGUUGUCCAAUCAGAUGCUCAGCGGGAUCCCUGAAGUCGAUCUCGGCAUUGAUGCAAAGAUAAAGAACAUUAUCCAGACAGAGGAUGCAAAAGCCAGACUUCUGGCGGAACAAAGGAACAAGAAAAAAGACAACGGCACAUCUUUUGUUCCCACAAACAUCGCCGUCAACUACGUUCAACACAACCGCUUCUAUCACGAGGAUGUGAACGCACCACAGAGGCACCAGAGACACAGAGAGGAGCCCAAAGCGAGGCCGCUGCGCGUGGGAGACACCGAGAAACCAGGUCCAGAGGUUCCAGAACCGCCCAACUACCGCAAACGUCCCAACAACGAAAAGGCCACAGACGACUACCAUUACGAGAAGUUCAAGAAGAUGAAUCGACGUUACUGAGAAGCUGGAUGAUGUCGUUUUCCCCCCUCCCCCCAAAGUUACCUAUUAGUGGUUCUCAAAGUGGGAAUUAUUUUUCACUCAAAAUCCAUCCAUAAGUAACACGACGACAGGAUGUAUGGCUAUUUGGAUCAUGGCUUUCAUACUUGGUGUAAUAAAACAUCUAAACGUAGAGAUUCAGCUACAGGACCCUGGGACAAAAUCUUAUUAAAAGGUGUACAUGUUCUAAUUUAUGUCAGCUUAGGGAUCCUUUUUUGUGAUACUUACUUUUUUUGAUAGCUUAGGGAUCCUUGAUGUAAAGUUUGGGAACCUAUUGACUUAACUUGAUAUCAUCUUAAUAAAGAUUGAGGCCUCCAGAUGAACCGUAAAGAUAAUUUGCAGCGCGGUUUUCUCGAACGUCAUCUGUUAAUCAGGAGUCUACAGCCAGUGCAGUAGUCGGUCAAAAGGCUCCUUGUGGAUGUCUGUGUACAGUGUUUGCUUUGUGAUAUGUUAAAGUAUCAUUCCAUGUCAUUGAUGAAAUGGCUGAGGAUUGUCAGACAUAAGAAAUGUUAAAUGGAGUGCUAUUCCUGCUCCGUAUUGUGAGAGAUUUGCUUUUUAGUACACUUAAAUGUUGACUUUUAGUUGUAGAAUUGUGUAUUUAGGGCUUUUUAAUAGAUAAAAAAAAAACAACA